UGGGGUGGAGGGGGGAUGCCGAAAAAACUGUCGUGGGACAGGAGGUAGGAAGACUGGAUAUAUAUACGCUUGUGUGCUAUUUAGGAUGAUUAGCUAAACGAGAUGCACCUGUGCCAAAUUGAAUGAUUAUCUGACCGUGCUUCUCCCGAACUUUGUUAAUAAAACCACAUUUUUUGGUAAACUAUUCUUUCAAGAAAUAAAAUUUAUAUAAUAUACUAGAUAACAACAUAACAUAAAUUCUUUGCCUUUCCACUAUUUCCUUAUUUUUCCAGAUAAAAAAAAUGGCUGACUGGUCAAUUCUGGGCCGCUUUCUAACAGAGGUUCAGAAUCAUUCGACGGUCAUCGGUAAGAUCUGGCUGACGGUGCUUCUGAUCUUUCGCAUCCUGCUGGUGACCCUUGUUGGAGAUGCCGUGUACAGCGAUGAGCAGUCAAAGUUCACUUGCAAUACGCUGCAGCCGGGCUGCAACAAUGUCUGCUAUGACACUUUCGCCCCUGUCUCACAUUUGCGCUUCUGGGUCUUCCAGAUUGUGCUGGUCUCAACACCUUCCAUCUUCUACAUAAUCUACGUGCUGCACAAAGUCACCAAAGACGAGAAAAUAGAGACAGAGAGGGUCCAGGCAGAGACUGAGGACUCCGUGGGAGACUAUUCUGGGCAGCUGGAAGGGGACGGUGUCAGACUGGGAUAUGGACACCAGGGAGAAGAAUGGAGUGGUCGGGAUGAAGAAAGCAUAGAGCAAAGUCUCCUGCAGGAUGAUUUCGGAAAGGAGGGCAAGGAUCCAACCACACUCUCCAGUCAGGUUCUCCUCAUCUAUAUUGUUCACGUCUUGAUCCGCUCCGUCCUAGAGAUCACAUUUCUUGUUGGUCAGUACUACCUGUUUGGAUUUGAGGUGCCUCAUUUGUUUAGAUGCCAAACGUACCCUUGUCCAACACGGACUGAUUGUUUUGUGUCGCGAGCCACUGAAAAGACCAUUUUCCUUAAUUUUAUGUUUAGCAUUAGCCUGGGUUGUUUUCUCCUGAACAUUGUGGAGCUUCACUACCUCGGAUGGAUCUACAUUUUUCGCAUUUUGUGUGCCGCCUGCUUCCUGUGCAUCAGGCCAGAGAGGGAGCUGUAUUCUCAACGCAGGCCUUUGCUGCUACGCCUGAGACAUUCAAUGCGUAGCAGGCUGGUCCUACAGUCCCCCACAACCACCUUGUCUGAGGAAAAGACGGCAACGGCUUUGCUUUCACACGGCCCAGCCAUUUCCUUUGAGACUGACUCCACUCUUGAAUGCACCUCAAAGAGGACCCCAGAGGAGAGCGAAUGCAUGAGGCUGAAAUUGGCCAACAUGGCUAGAUUUACUGGCAAAAAGUCCUGGUUGUAA